AUGACAGGUCAUCUGAAAUGGGACCUAGUUGGAGAUGGUGCAGCAGCACAGGCGCACAGAAUGGGCAAAGGGCCACGAGCAAAUGUGAAGAGAGAGACAAGAGGGAAUUUAAUGAGCAUAUGCAAAAGCAAAAUGGCUUUGAAGAUGAAGACAAAAAAGAAAGAGAAGAAAAGAACCUCUCGCAUUGCCUUCUAUUGGAGACAAACCAGUUUUUGA